AUGUUGGACGGCUUGAAGAUGGAGGAGAACUUCCAAAGCGCCAUCGAGACCUCGGCCUCCUUCUCCUCGCUGUUGGGUAGAGCGGUGAGCCCCAAGUCUGUCUGCGAGGGCUGUCAGCGGGUCAUCUCGGACAGGUUUCUGCUGCGGCUCAACGACAGCUUCUGGCAUGAGCAGUGUGUGCUAUGCGCCUCCUGCAAAGAGCCCCUGGAGACCACCUGCUUCUACCGGGACAAGAAGCUCUACUGCAAGUAUGACUACGAGAAGCUGUUUGCUGUCAAAUGUGGGGGCUGCUUCGAGGCCAUCGCACCCAACGAGUUUGUCAUGCGGGCCCAGAAGAGUGUGUACCACCUGAGCUGCUUCUGCUGCUGUGUCUGCGAGCGGCAGCUCCAGAAGGGCGAUGAGUUUGUCCUGAAGGAGGGCCAGCUGCUCUGCAAAGGGGAUUAUGAGAAGGAGCGGGAGCUGCUCAGCCUGGUUAGCCCAGCAGCCUCAGACUCGGGCAAAAGUGACGAUGAAGAAAAUCUUUGCAAGUCAGCCCACGGAGCAGGGAAGGGAGCUGCUGAGGAUGGUAAGGACCACAAGCGCCCCAAACGUCCCAGAACCAUCUUGACAACCCAACAGAGGAGAGCGUUCAAGGCCUCGUUUGAAGUGUCCUCCAAGCCAUGCCGGAAGGUGAGAGAGACCCUGGCUGCAGAGACAGGGCUGAGCGUCCGUGUCGUUCAGGUGUGGUUCCAGAAUCAGAGAGCUAAGAUGAAGAAGUUGGCCAGGCGGCAGCAGCAACAGCAGCAGGAUCAGCAGAACACCCAGAGGCUGAGUUCAGCUCAGACAAAUGGUGGUGGGAGCACUGGGAUGGAAGGGAUCAUGAACCCCUACACGUCUCUGCCCACCCCUCAGCAGCUCCUGGCCAUCGAGCAGAGUGUCUACAGCUCGGAUCCCUUCCGACAGGGGCUUACCCCACCCCAGAUGCCUGGAGACCACAUGCACCCCUAUGGUGCUGAGCCCCUUUUCCAUGACCUGGAUAGUGAUGACACCUCCCUCAGUAACCUGGGUGACUGUUUCCUAGCAACCUCAGAAGCCGGGCCCCUGCAGUCCAGAGUGGGAAACCCCAUUGACCACCUGUAUUCCAUGCAGAAUUCUUACUUCACCUCUUGA